AUGUCAAAUUCAAUAAAUAUGAAUGAUGAUAAAUCAAAAACAGAAACAAACUAUACUAUGGGACAAGAAUCACUUGAUCAAUUAUCCAAAGAUAAAGAAAUAAUUGAUGGCAAAUGUUUUCAUGAAAAAUUAGAUUAUACACCCGAUGAUCCAAAUGAGGAAGAACGUAUUCAUGAAGAAAGUGGUAACAUAAUACGAAAAUCAUCAAAAGAUAUUUUACGUGUUGAACGACGUCUUGCAAUGACAAGAGUUUUAGGAGAUUUUAUUAUUGAUAAAAAUAUAAUACCACCUAUUCCUGAUAUAAUUAUUUGUUCUCAAAGACAAUCCGUAGCAUUUGUUAUUCGUGCAUCGAAUAGUAUUUGGAAUGUUAUGUCGAAUGAACAAGUUGCUUCAUUUGUAAUUCAACUAAUAUCGACGACAGAUUUACAUCAAAUUCCAUCACAAUUGUUAGAUCACUGUUUAGAAAAACGAAGUCGUGAUAAUAUGAGUAUAUACAUAUAUAUAUAUCAUUAA